AUGGACCUGCAGCACAUGCGAUGCGGAUGCAAAGAGAAUGAGGCCAGGCUCUUCUUCUGUAAACAUUGUGGUCAGCUCAAGAGUGACUCCGUCCUGUAUGGCUCGGCCUGGUCGUCAGGCAAGUCGCUUGCCAUGUUCGGUGGCGCCCCCAGCUCCGAAGGGAAGAUCGGCGACAAGGGCAGUGCUGGCUCAGGCAAAGGAGGGGUUGGUGCCACCUCGCCUGCUGGCGCUCCCCAGCUCGCCGCUGAUGAAUACUUGCAGUUGGCGGCCCUACACGACAAGCUUGGCGACGCUCGGAGUGCAGCUGCGCACCGCACCGCUGCUGCGGCGCUGUCGGCGCCCGCCCCAGCGGCAGUCUCGGUGCAGGCGCUGCUCAACAAGGCUCAUCAGAAGGCUCGUGCGAUCGAGAAGAAGCUCGAGAGCGCGGUCAGCAAGUUCGAGAUGCUGGAGGCUCAGCUCGCGGCGCAGAAGGACCAGGUGCUUGUGCUGCGCAGUGACUUGGAGCAGGACUUGCUGGACAAGAAGCGCUUCUCGCCGAUGUUUGAUCUUGAUGUGGGGGACUGUUUCACGAUUGCCGACGACGAGCAGCUCUCACCUGACGAGGCCAAGCAGCUGGCCGAUCGCGUGGACCUCUUCAAGUCAGGCAUCACGGACAUGGCGCGCUCCCUGUUUGCUAAAGCCAAAGCGAAAGUGGAUACAUUGCGUGAGGAACACGAGCAGCUGUCUCAGCGCAUCGCCAAAAAGAGGAAGACGGAAGGCGGCAUCGGCGUCGGCUUCCCCUCCAGCUCCGGCAAGUACCAGGGCGCGUGCUGA